GUAAUAGACAUAGUAUCCCUUUGUGCAAUCCCAAACACCUGGGCCUGAAAGCUCAUCUUUGUGUCUUUGAACUUCACUGGGAUUUUAGUCUUUUUUUCCCUUCUUUGCUGGGGAGCUGGAAUGCUGAAACAUCUACACCCUCCUGUCAUUGCACACACGCUGUUGGAGUUUUUGCAAUGAAAACAUAAUGGUAUGGAUCUGGCAGCUUGGAUCGUGCAGCUCAUUCAGCAGAUGCCAAUAACAGCUGAAUAUUAGAUAUUAUUAAGAAGAAGAUAUAAAAUAAAGCUGUGAGAUAGCAUAUGUUGGCUGGUAGCAAAUAUCUUCCAGAUGCUUGGAAGGAUGAGAUUCAGCUUGGGAGUUACUUUGAUAAAACUAUUGCACCAUUGCUGCCAGCUCAGUGUAUGUAUUCAAAACAGAAGGAUUUUGGAAACCCUUGUGAGACCAAUACCAACACUGAGUAGUAAAGGUCAGCACAUACAUUCCUAGUCAAGAGCCCACAGCUAUCAUGGCACUGAGAUUUGCUGCACAACAAGGCUGGGAUUCCUGUGACAGUUUAAAGCCAUGAAUGCUCCCUGCAUUUUGCCACCUCAUCAAGGAAUUUAGAAGGAUGAAGCAGACCUUAUUUUUCUCAUGGUGCUGGUGCCUGAGUUGGCUUUAUCUGGCCUAAGAAGAGCCAGUGGCUGUGGUGCCCAGGCAGGGGAUGGCAAAGGUGCCUUACAUGGGCACAGACUGCUGCACGACCUACCUCUGAAACCUACGAGCAAAGAUCUUGCUGGUGUUUCAAUAAUGAUGUGUCCCAGCACCCUCCUUUCUCCUGCACCUCUCCUCACAAGAAGGGAUGAGUAAGCAGCAACACCUGUGGCAGGCAGUGCCUGUGAAGGACCUGCACAUGCAGUGAGAGAAGCACAGGUCAGCACUUGGGCACCCUGCCUACAGCACCUACCCCUGGGUGGUGGAGGUGGGUGGAGAGGGACCUGCCCGUGCCCAGCAAGGAGGAAACCUGACUCCUGGGAGCUGGAUCCCGAAGAAACUGCACUGCCAGCACUGUAAAAAGUAAAUAUCUGAGGGGAAACAGUCAGAAAAGAGAAAAGGUCUUUUCCUCCGAGCCUGAGACACCACAGAGGUGACUCUUCUGAAAUUUCACAGGUAAAUCCUAGCCUUGCCUGCAGUGACAGCAGAUCCCAGCAGGAGCUGAGAUGGCCACUGCACCAAAAGAGGCAGAAAAUGCUAUUGGCUUGGAGGAAAUCCACACAGAGAGAAAAGAACCAUCAAAAGGACAAAAGACAUUUACAGUGGAAGAAGCUGUGGAAACCAUUGGGUUUGGGAGGUUUCAUAUCAUGCUUUUCCUCAUCAUGGGCAGCACUGGGGUGGCUGAAGCCAUGGAGAUCAUGCUGAUAGCUGUUGUGUCCCCUCUCAUCCGAUGCGAGUGGCAGCUCCAAGACUGGCAGGUGGCUUUAGUGACAACAAUGGUGUUUUUUGGCUACAUGGUGUUCAGCAUAGUGCUCGGGCUCCUGGCUGACCGGUACGGCCGCUGGAAGAUCCUGCUGCUCUCCUUCCUCUGGGCAGCCUAUUUCUCCCUGCUGACCUCGUUUGCCCCAUCGUACAUCUGGUUUGUGUUCCUGCGGGCCAUGGUAGGAGGUGGCGUGUCGGGCCACGCGCAAGGACUUAUCAUAAAAACAGAAUUUUUGCCCACCAAAUAUCGGGGAUACAUGUUGCCCUUAUCUCAGGUGUUUUGGUUGGCAGGAUCCUUGCUGAUCAUUGGCCUGGCAUCAGUGGUGAACCCAACCAUUGGCUGGUGGUGGUUGAUCAGAAUUGCCUCCAUCCCUGGCAUCCUUCUCAUCCUGGUGUUCAAGUUCAUCCCAGAGUCGGCACGGUUCAACGUCUCCACGGGAAACACAGGGGCUGCGCUGGCCACGCUGCAGAGGAUUGCCAGGAUGAACAGAGCGGCCGUGCCAGAGGGGCAGCUGAGGGAGCCUGCCAAGGAAAGAAGGGGAAGAUUCAAGGACCUCAUCCACCCCAAAUACCUCAGAACCACUUUGCAGAUAUGGAUCAUAUGGCUUGGCAUAGCUUUUGCUUACUACGGUGUCAUCUUGGCCAGUGCUGAGCUGCUGGAGCGGGACCUUGUCUGUGGCUCUGCAGCCCCACCGCUGCAGGACUCCAGUGAUGACUCUGAGGAGAGCCACAGCCCCUGCUACUGCCACAUGUUUGGGCCUGCUGCCUACCAGACCAUGAUCAUCAGCACAGCCGGGGAGAUCGCACUGAAUCCUGUGAACAUUCUCAGCAUCAAUCUCCUCGGAAGACGUCUAAGCCUCUGUAUCACCAUGGGAUGUACAGCUCUAUUCUUUCUUCUCCUUAAUAUCUGCACCUCAAGUGCAGGCAUGGUUGGCUUUCUCUUCAUGCUGCGUGCCUUGGUUUCAGCCAACUUCAACACCAUCUACAUUUACACGGCAGAGGUUUAUCCCACCACAAUGAGAGCACUGGGGAUGGGGACAAGUGGGGCAUUGUGCCGUGUGGGAGCAAUGGUGGCUCCAUUUAUAUCACAAGUUCUUAUGAGCGCUUCUUUCCUGGGAGCCCUGUGUCUCUUCUCCUCUGUGUGCAUCAUCUGUGCCAUCUCUGCAGUGACGCUGCCCAUCGAGACCAAGGGCAGGGCCCUGCAGGUGGGUACCACCACACCAGGAGCUCCUGUGGCUCCAAAUGCUCUUAGGGACUCGUAGGUGAUGAUGCAGCCAGAAUCCAGCCCAGUUCUCCUGAGCUUUCUCAAGCCUGACAGGCACUCACAGGAAUGUGCUGCUGCAGCAGCUUCAAUCACUGUUACCCCAGUUGCCCAAAGCUUGCUUCUUGUGAAAGAACAAGCCAGGCUGCCAGCCCCAGCCACCUCAUGUGAGUAUGUGAGCUUUAGCUUGUGCAAGCCCCUCCUUGCAUCUCUCUCCAAUCCUGACUUGAAGGUGCAGCUUCCCAGGCACGUGCUCUGCUCUGCCUGUGCUGCAAGGAGAGAGGACAGCAGAGGCACAGAGCACCUAAACUACCAAUUUCUUAAUCAAAUUCAAGGCCCCUUCAUCAGUCCAUCAGCUAAACCAUUGUGGUCAGUGUGUUCUAUAAAGCAAUUAGCCAAAGCAUUAAGCGCAAAGAUUAAGGGGGAAAGUUUAAAUUUAACAGUCUCCAGCAUGCAAGUCACACAGUUUAAUUAUAGGAGGUGGUGAGCAGUCCUGUGAUUCCAAUAAAUUCAUCUAUACCAGCAUAGAGAUUUUCGUGGCAUGCAGCAGCAUGGCUACACCACUCUGUGUCACUUUGUAGUCUGACCUGUAUAGACCACAAGACAAGACCUCAGGUUAAGAAUAAUCCAUAUUCUUUAGCAGCCAUAUUCUUAAUAAUGAAUAUUCUUUAGAGCAUGGCAGGUGUUUGAUCGAACUAGUGUAGGAGGGCUUCCAAACCAGACUUCAAAAAACCCAUCCCUUCAAACACAGGGAUUGCCUGUCAGAAGUGAGACCUUUUGGACAUAUCCAAACAUGUUAUUUUCCAUAUCCAUACCUGUUGGGGUUUAUGUGCAUUUUAUUAAUUUAAUGUAUUAUUUUUUGUUUCCCCCUUUUUAGCAAGUAAAAUGAGAGCGAAUGUUUGAUGUUGGAUUGGGUAUGAAAGAAAAAUAAAUCCCUGGAAUCUGUCACUUCCUGUGAGCUGCAUUUGAUGUUCAUUGCUUCUCCAUACCGUUUCCAUUAUAAAAAAAUGCAGCUGAACAGUGUAAGAGCUAUGAUUUGUGUAGACAAAUGGUAAAUUUCUCAAGGACCUUUCCUUUCUUAUGAUUCAAUAAACAAAUGUUUUCUACCCUUUGUGGGAAGUAAGAUGAAGAUUCUUUACUUCUAGUGCUAUCAAUAGUGACGCUGCACACAUAAUAUUUAAAACAAAGAGGAAACUCCUUAAGUGAAUUGAGGUAAAGGGGGAGAAAUACACAAAGCAGAUAACAGUCUCUGCCAUAGCAGCUUGAAAGGAUGUAGUACUUUCCUCAACUUUUUUGUGGAAAUACCAUCUGCAUAGAAGUAGUAAAAUUUGGAUCUCAAACCACACUGCAGUGGUGAUUUGUGAUCACUGUUAGGGUGAUACUUAAGACCACAAAAUGGAAGGUGAGUCAGAUUUUUUCAAGUGGAUUAUUUGAAGAGAGACAUUCUCAAGCAGGUUACAGCAAACAGGUAAGUAACUGGAUGUAGAGUACAUUCCCUCUUCUCUCCUCACCAUUUUCCACUGGAAAAUUUUCCAUUUUCCACUCCCUUUCUCUCCAAGGGAGAACAACUUGAGUGUGAAGUUGAAUCUUUAGGACUUCAGGUUGUGAUGGCAGUGCAUCUUUAUUUUUUUAAUUCUCUGCUACUGUAGCAUGCCCUGAUCACACUUCUGUUGCUAGAAUAGUCUCCCUCACCAUUUUGUUCUGCUCCUUCUCUACUGUUUUCUGUUUCCUGGUACUCUGGGAUGGUAUCACAUACAAGCAACUCUCUUCAGAUAGUUAAAACUUUCCAUAUAAAAACCAAACCAAACAACAGCAACAACAGCAAUAUUUUUUAAAAAGCAAACAAAUAAAAAAGACACUGGGCAGCCUAAAAAUCACCACAUGAUCAGAAGUUAUGUCAAAGGCCUCUGCAAACACAACUGAGUGUUUUUGGGGAGUGUCCUCUAUAUUUUAGUGUGCAGUGCCACCCUAUGACAAAGACAGGUAAGCAAGAUCUCAGCAGGUGAGAGGCAAAACCAGGCCUUUUUCUCAUUGCACAUGUACACAGCAAAGAGGCACAGGAUAUCUUCAAUGCUCUAUGCACAGCACCACACCAGGGCCUGAUUCUGUUAUUCUGGCUGUCAACUUAGUCUUGCUGGAAAAGUGCUCUAAAUUUUAAUAAACCACUUGCUGAAGACUCUGCUUGAUAAAAAAAAAAAAAUCUGCAAAAUUAACUCUCAAAAUUAGAUAAUACUUGGUAAAUUAUUUACGGAUUUAUUUAUUUUUUUAA